AUGGUUGUUCUUAGACACGCAGUGGUCUUCUUGGCCUCCCUUGCUACUUUGGCCGCCACUACUCCUGCCUCUGCUCAAUGGCUAAAAGCAGAUGCCUCGGCCGCUGGGGUCGCGCAGCAUGGCAAACCCAGUGGCACUUCUGCGGGUGGUGACAGGGGUGCCCACGAAAACGGGGAUUGGCAGCAAUCUGCAAAGCAGCAAGACGAGAAAAGUGAACGUAAAAGCUCCUUCCAGAAGGAUGACGACACCGGUAAAGCAAAUCGCCAUCAAGCCCGCGGCGAGGCUGGGCAGGCUCCCCACCGAGCCUUUGCUAAUCACAAGGGAGUUGAUGGCCCUCAGCAUAAGCCCGAGGGGGCCAAAGAAAAUGACAGCAACUUCAAACAACACCACGCACGCACAGCGGAUGUUUUGGGGACACUUCGGAGGAUGGUUCAGAAGGAAGAUGACCACGCUAAACGGCCACAAGACGGUGAUCGCGACAGUAAUAGUCAGCGCGGUGACGGUGAUCACGGCCAUGGUAAUGAGGACCAUGGAUCAUAUAACGCAAUGGAUGAUCGCGAACAUGGCAAGGGCAAACAACACGAUGCUAGGGCGACAACCCAACGAGGAGUCUAUGAGUGUUCAGGCCAAAACUGGCAGCAGCCGUGUGUAUGGACGCCAUUAAAAGAAGGUCAAUGUUACAACAGACGGUACGGACGUCUUGGCUCCAUGGGCCCUGACAAUGGCUUAUCUUGCACCAUCUACGAAGUCUCGGAUUGCAACGACCAUGGCUGGAACACUUGUGGGCCGUUCGUGUGGCCGGGGAUCAAGAACUAUCAGAUCAGCAAGUUGCUUCUUGACCACGCCAUGUCUGCGGAUGGUCCAAUGAGCAUCAAGUGCAAGUGGGCCGUAACUGCGUGA